GGAGGAGUAGCAGGAGGCGUGCAGAGCCGCGUGCGCAGGGCCAUGGAGAGGAGAGGCAGCCGGCUGAAGGGGAGGAUGGGCUCCGUCACCCGGGAGGGCGUGAGGAGCUUCCUCAGGAGGAACCUCUUUGUGCUGUUCACCGUGGCCGCCGUGGCACUGGGUGUGCUGCUGGGCUUCGCCCUGCGUCCCCACAACCUGUCCCUGAGGGCCGUUAAGUACUUCUCCUUCCCCGGGGAGCUGCUGAUGAGGAUGUUACAGAUGCUGGUGUUGCCUCUCAUCAUCUCCAGUCUGGUGACAGGCAUCUCCUCUCUGGACAGCAAGGCGUCGGGGAAGAUGGGCGUGCGGGCCGUGGUCUACUACAUGGUCACCACCCUGAUCGCCGUCUUCAUCGGCAUCGUCAUGGUGAUGAUCAUCAGGCCGGGGAAGGGCAGCCGGGACAGCCUCAUGGCGGCCGGCGGGAACAUAGAGCCGGUGCAGGCUGCCGACGCCUUCCUGGACCUCAUCAGGAACAUGUUUCCACCAAACCUGGUGGAGGCCUGCUUCAAACAGUAUAAAACCGUGUACAAGAAGACGGUGAGCAUCAGGAAUGUGACUGUGGCGCUGAACCUCACUGACUCCCUCAACGUCAGCGAGUCUGCCCUCAGUGUCAACCUGAGCAGGGAGACGGUGGUGGAGAUGGUGCCGGUGUCGGGCUCCUCCAACGGCGUGAACGCCCUGGGCAUGGUGGUGUUCUCCAUCUGCCUGGGCCUGGUCAUGGGCAGCAUGAAGCAGCAGGGCCAGGCUCUCAGGGACUUCUUCGACAGCCUCAACGAAGCCAUCAUGAGGCUGGUGGCCGUCAUCAUCUGGUACGCCCCGGUAGGCAUCCUGUUCCUGAUCGCGGGGAAGAUCGUGGAGAUGAAGGACCUGGUGCAGAUGGGGGGCCAGCUGGGCAUGUACACCCUCACCGUGAUCCUGGGGCUCCUGAUCCACGGCCUGGUGGUGCUGCCCCUGCUUUACUUCCUGGUGACCCGCAAGAACCCCUUCAGCUUCAUCGGGGGCCUCCUCCAGGCCCUCAUCACGGCCCUGGGCACCUCGUCCAGCUCCGCCACCCUGCCCAUCACCUUCCGCUGUCUGGAGGAGAUCAACCGCGUGGACAAGCGGGUGACGCGCUUCGUCCUCCCAGUGGGGGCCACCAUCAACAUGGACGGCACCGCCCUCUACGAGGCCGUGGCGGCCAUCUUCAUCGCCCAGGUCAACAACAUGGACCUCAACUUUGGACAGAUCCUCACCAUCAGUAUCACGGCAACCGCUGCCAGCAUCGGAGCAGCAGGCAUCCCCCAGGCUGGGCUGGUUACCAUGGUGAUUGUAUUGACUUCGGUGGGGCUGCCCACAGACGACAUCACGCUCAUCAUCGCCGUGGACUGGUUCCUGGACCGUCUGAGGACCACCACCAACGUGCUGGGCGACUCCCUGGGGGCGGGCAUCGUGGAGCACCUGUCCCGCUCCGAGCUGCUGGGCCAGGACGCCGAGCGGGGCACCUCGGUCCUGGAGGAGACCGAGAAGCCCUACCAGCUCAUCUGCCAGGAGAACGACUCGGUGAAGCUCCACAACAGCGAGACCCCCAUGUGA